AUGAAAGAGAACAAAGGAAGUAAUUCUAAACUUUCUAUCAAAGAGGGAAAAGAUGCAGACUACCCGGUGAUGGCGGAUAAUACAACGAAUAGUUUAAAUAUUAUUGACUUCAUCAUUACGUCACUGAGCAAUAAUGAAGAGGAAAAUUGCAAGAACGCGAUACAUGAUGAGAGAUCUAAGGAAUACAACGAAAGCAAAAAAGAAAAGGAAAAGAAGGUCUCCUUCGACGAGGAACCACUUGAAAAACAACAUCAACAACCAGAGAUCAAUGGUGAAUCGGGGAACAACAUUAUAACAAGUAACGUUUGUAUCUUGGAUAAUAUCGAUCAUAUUGAAAAAGAUCACAACUAUCACCGCUUGAAGCAAGGGAUGCCAAGAAGCAAAAAAUCGCGCUCCAUUAUUGACAUAUACAAGAAUACAAAGAGACUCUCACCACCCGAAGAGGAAUAUAGGCAUACAAGUACUUUAGAGAGCCAUAAAACUAAAGUACACAAUGAAGGCGAAACUAAAAAGGAUCAAGUAAAUAUCUCCGAGGAGAUAGUACCUAACAAAAUAAAACAAAAUAUUAUUCAAGGUGAGUUUGAGAACAUUGGUGAUAAUAGAUCAAAUCUUUCACCAAAAGAGAAUAAAGAUGAAGAAGACCAUUUAAACAAGGGAAUAUCAGAGAGGAUUGUGUUUCAAUCCCUUGUUAACUUAUGUGAGGUUAUAGUACAAAAGGAGAUAACUGAAGAGCGCGAUGAAAGUGAAACAAGAAAGGAUCAAGAGGAUUCUAUCGACAAGGAACUACCUGACCAACAACAACAAGACAUCAUAGUACAAAAGGAGAUAACUGGAGAACACGAUGAAAGUGAAACAAGAAAGGAUCAGGAGGACUCUAUCGACAAGGAACUACCUGACCAACAAAAACAAAACAUCAUAGGUGAGCCUGAGCUCAACAAAGUCACAAGUGAAGACAAUCACUUUUCAAACGACAAUGAGGUCAAUUGUGGCUCAAAGCUGUUGACAAGAGAUGAAAAUAAUGGAAACUAUCGCAUCACACAGGGGCUACCGAGGAGUACAAAGUUCCGUUCCAUCAGCAACCUCUAUAAGUGUACUACCAGAAUGUCACUUGUCGAAGAUGAAUAUAAUUGGAAUCUUUCAAGGGGAAAAGAUUCAUUGGAAGAUUCCAAUAUGUACUGCUCGAAAAAAGAAGAUUCGAGUGGCAAAAAGGAUUUUGGUGGUAAGAGAAAAUGUAGAGAAAACCAAAAAGGCGACGAAGAAAAGGAUGCUAUGACUUAAUUCUUCCACCUACAAGGUUGUAUUUCAAU